AUGUCGGACGUCACAAGCACCACCCUUGUCGUGCUGGCCUCGCUCGUCGGGCUCGUGCUCCUCUGGACAAAGCCUCACAGCAACAUCCCGCUGGUCUCGUACUGGAUCCCAUUUGUCGGGUCCUCGCUCGCGUUUUCCAAGGACCCCAUUGCGUUCCUCAACAUGUGCCAAGCCACGCACGGCAGCGUCUUCACCGUGCUCCUCGCCGGUAGGCGCAUGACGUUCUUUACGUCGCCAAAGCACUAUGCUACGAUCCUCAAGUCCAAGUCGCUGAGCCACAAGCCCAUCUUUUCCGAGAUCGAGGAGGUUGCGUUUGGCCAAGAUCCGGUGUUUACUCACUACCGCAACGACCUGCGCAAGACCGACGCGAACCUCACACGCUUCAACUCGUUGCCGACACCGUUCUUGGCCAACCGCGGCGCCGUUCUCGACCUCAUCCAGCGCACGUUCGCGUGUCAGCGCGCCGUCUUGGCCACGCUCGCACCGCAGCAGCAUGGUGUAUCGCUUCUGACGCUGGUGGAGCACGCGAUCUUUGCUUCCGGGUCCGCCGUCAUGUUUGGCGAGCGUGUCCUCGCGGCGCAUCCGCGCAUGGCCGACGAUUUUUUGGCCUUUGACGCCGCCUUUCCGCUUCUCGUCGCUGGCUGCGUUCCGUCAGUGUUUCUCUCCAAGGCCAUGGCGAGCCGACAGCGCCUCAUUGACGCCUUCAAAGCCGCACCAUUGACGGACGGCGCGCCAUUAGUGCAGGCGCGCGCGUCGGCGCUUCCAACACUGGCGUGCGGUAGCGCGACCGACCGUGCGAGUUGCCACCUUGAGAUUCUUUGGGCCGCGAGCGCCAAUUCGAUCCCGACCGCGUUCUGGACGCUCUUUCAUUUGCUCGAGAGCCCCGCAGCGCUGAAGGCCGUUCGGGAUGAAAUUGACACGCACCUCGACAAGAGCCCGCUCUCAGACACGUCGGCCGCUCCGUGGACCCAAGAGAUGCUGCACAAGUGCGUGCUUUUAGACAGCACCGUCGACGAGUGCUUGCGCCUCGCUGCGUCGUCGAUGCUUCUGCGGGUGGCGGUCGAGCCCACGGACGUGGUCCUCGACAAGACGACGUAUCAUUUUGAAAAAGGCGACCGCGUCGCGAUCUUCCCGAGCCUGGGACACUUUGACCCAACCCUAUUUUCCGACCCGACCCGAUUCCAAUAUGACCGCUUUGUGCACGCGACAAAAGCGCAGCUCGAAGCAUUCAAGCCCUUUGGCAUGGGCGCCAACAUGUGCCCAGGCCGGUAUUUCGCAAAAAACCAAAUCAAGAUGUGGGUCGCCCUUGUGCUGCAGCAUCUUCCAGCGUUGCGUCUCGUGCCGGGUUAUACACCGCCGACAUUUGACCCGUCGCGCCUCGGUUUAGGGGUCAUUCCACCGGCCGACCACGCGAUUCACAUCGCGUUUUAG